AUGCAGGCACAGACCAUCCGCAGACACGAUGAUGUCAGUUUUCCUCCCCAAGAGCGGUUCCAGAUCUUAAGCGCUCUAGGGCAGGACAUUAAAAUCAACAAAAAAUUUUCCAAGGCUUCUUACAUGAGCCUGAGAGAUGACUUUUUCAAAAUGGCAGCUGACCUGGAUGAAUGUGGAAAAGAAGAAGCAGCCUUUAUUCUCUACCAUAAAUUCCUCACAUUAUAUUUGGAAAAACUAAAUAUUGGCCUAAAACUUCGCAAAAGCGAUGCCAAAGGAAGAAGAUCAAACUUCAUCAAGAUCCUAAAGAUCGUUUUUGACAGGGCUGAGACUCUAAAGAGGAAACUAAUAAACAAAUACAAUAGGGAAUACGAAAGAUACCUAAUGGAGAUGAAGCAGAAAGAGGAGGAAGUAGCAGAGCGGGCAUCCUUCUGGGAGGACAUAAAAUCAGGAUGUUCCGGUUGUCGCUCUUUUCCAUUUGACCCAUUGAAUGGACCUGAAGAAAAGAGAAGUGGAGAAGUAGGAGCUGCUAUUACAUUAUCAGCAAAGGAAGCUCAACCUUCCUCAAUACCAACGGAAACCUCCAGCCCACCACAGCAGUGUGCAAUAGAGGAGAAUGCUAAGGUCGUCACCCCAAGCACAUCAACAUCUGCCAAGCAGCCUGGGGAAAAUGACCUAGAAAAAAGCACAGAAAACAAAAGUGGAGAAGUAGGACCUGCUACAACAGUAAAAAUAAAGGAAGCUCAACCUUCCUCAGUACCAACCCAAACCUCCAGCCCACCACAGCAGUGUUCAAGCGAGGAGAAUGCUAAGGUCGUCACCCCAAGCACAUCAACAUCUGCCCAGCAGCCUGGGGAAAAUGGCCCAGAGGAAAACACAGUUCAGGAAGUCAGAGGCCUAUAUCCUGUGAUCCUCCCUCACGAUUUAUGUGAGAAAUUUCUUAAGUCUGCAAGGAAGAACACUAAGAAGAAAAUUGAGACCUGUGGUGUUUUGUGCGGAUCCAUGGUAGGAGAGGAGUACCAUAUCACGCACAUAGUCAUACCACUCCAGGAAGGAGGCCCUGACUAUUGCUAUGCCACCAACGAAGAGGAACUGUUUUUUAUUCAAGAAGAACUGGGGCUUCUCACCUUAGGGUGGAUUCAUACUCAUCCAACCCAGAGAGCAUUCUUAUCAAGUGUGGACCUACACACCCAUUUUGGCUACCAGCAGAUGCUGCCUGAGUCCAUCGCAGUGGUGUGUGCCCCCAAAUACAAAGAAACUGGAAUUUUCUCACUGACACCUAUUGGGCUAAAAGAAAUUUCCUGCUGCCCCUGGAGGGGGUUCCAUCCUCAUAGAGAAGACACUCCUCUCUUCUGCGACUGUGGCCAUGUCACUACAUGGAAAACCAAAGUGAUGGUCACCGAUUUACGAUGA